CUAAAUAUUCGGUACUAAAUAUUUUGCACGGAGUAACGUGUAUACCUAUUAUUUCAAGAUGGUCACAAACUCCGAAGAUCCUUACCCAUGGCAAGAAGUGGCAAAGCCUGUGACCAGAGGAGCUUUCAUCCUGAUUGAGGGGUUGGAUCGAGCUGGCAAGACGACACAAGUGAAGCGGUUAUGUGACAAGCUUUAUGCCGAAGGUCACAAUGUUAAGACUAUUAGAUUUCCAGACCGAACAUCUCCAAUUGGCAGAAUGAUAGACGGCUAUUUACAAAGCUCCAUCGAAAUGGACGACCACGCAAUCCACCUUCUAUUCUCAGCAAAUCGCUGGGAGAAAGCAAAAUGGAUCGAAUCCACCCUGCUCUCAGGCUACACCAUAAUAUGUGACCGGUACUACUACUCAGGCAUGGUCUACAGCGCCGCCAAGAACAAUCCUUCUCUCUCUCUCUCAUGGGCCCAGACAUGCGAUGUAGGACUUCCCAAGCCCGAUUUAGUUGUGUUUCUAGAUCUGGAGACUGAAGAGGCGGAGAAGAGGGGUGGGUACGGAGAGGAGAAGUAUGAGAAGAGGGAAAUGCAGUUGAGGGUUAGAGAAUUGUUCAAGAGUCUGUUGGAUGCUGAUGGAGAUGAGAGGGAGAUGAGGGUUGUGGAUGCGGGAGUGACGGUGGAUGUUGUUGGAGAGAGAGUUUGGGGCGAGGUGGAGAAAGUGGUGAAGUCAGUCAGUGAGGGGGGAUUUGAGAAAGAUGUUGGGAAGGUCAGAGCUUGGCCGAGUCAACCUUGA